CUGAUUUCUUAGGGUCUUGCUACUCGGGCUGGUCACCGGCUGUGCCUGAAUAUGGUGAGCCAAGGUCGUGGGUUGGGAUUCCCAUGGAAAAACAGAAUAGGAAGUUGAAUAGGGGACAUUACUGCAGGAUAUCGAUCGUGCGGCCAGUGCACCGCGCAGAGGUCGUGGGGGAAAAUGGCUUCGGAGAAGCACAAGCAAGUUUUCACAUAUAAACCACAUCGCCGCACUUGAUGAUGUACCUCUCGACCUGGUAUCCUCUUCCUUUCCUCUUCCCCCUCCUCUCCUAACUCUUCCUCCUCGAGAAUUUGAUAUGUCUCCAUCUCUCGAAAGCAAGCAUGAGAACGGUUCCCUUCACGAACAUGAUGGAAGGCCGCCUCUUGAACGACAGCUCACUUUGUCGAUGCCGGCCUUCCCUCAAUAUCAUCGUAAAUUUGGAAACCCUGCCCCUCUCGGUGUCUUGUCCUUCGCGGGACCAACUUUCGUGUUGUCCAUGUUCAACGUCCAGGUCCGUGAUGUCGCGGUUUCAAAUGUCGUUGUCGGAAUGGCGCUAAUGGUCGGUGGAUUGACCCAGCUACUGUCUGGGAUGUGGGAAUUUGCCUGCGGCAACACCUUCGGCGGGACCGUGUUCUCACUUUUCUCGGGUUUCUGGUUGUCGUUCGGUCUGAUCUACAUACCUAGCUCCGGUAUCCUCGGCGCCUACACUGACAACCCGGCGGAUGCGGCUCAGCUUCACAAUGCGCUUGGCGUAUAUUUGACGUCCUGGUUCAUCUUGAUCUUCAUCAUGAUUUUUGCCACAUUCCGGUCCUCUAUCGUGCUGGCCGGCCUGAUCAUCUUGGUUGAUCUCGUCAUCCUCGUGCUGGCUGUUGCGCAGUUCACCCAAAAUCCGCAGGUUACGCUCGCUGGCGGGUAUCUCGGUCUUCUUGCCGCAUUUGGCGCCUUUUAUGUUGGUGCAGCGACUCUUUACACAAAGGAUGUGUCUCUGUUCACCUUGCCGACGGGUGAGCUGCCCAAGGAGAAAGUGUAGUCCCCAAUCCGCGAUUGGGUCUUGUUGAUGUGAAUAGUUAGUCACGAGUAGGCUUUCCUCCAAUGCCUGGACUUCAUUCGUUUCAGACCAUCAGGUGGAAGAAGUCCGGUAAGGAAGGAGCGAACGGCCAUGGUUCUGUUACGCUCUAAUUCCAAUACACGAUCCCGUUUGAUGACCAGGUUAUAGCGUGUGGAUCGGGACCGCACGCCGCUUUUCAACACGUGGUGAGUCGGAAUGAAUUGCUGGAACGCCUCAGAAGCUGGUAUGCCAGACUAGUGUUACGGCAAGAAAGCAAAAAGGGUGUGAAUUUCGUUCGCCAAAAGAAGCUGACGGUUGCGCGAGUUCCCAAGAGUUACGAGAGUCAACUGAUGGCGAGCUCCAACGACCAAGUGAAGGACACAUCUGGAGGGAC